UAGAGAAUGCAAACAGCAGGCAAGUCACAUUCUCCAAGAGGCGUUCUGGGUUGCUUAAGAAGGCUAAUGAACUUUCCAUUCUCUGCGAUGCUGAGCUUGCUCUUGUCAUCUUCUCCAACGCCGGCAAGCUCAUUGAGUUUUCUAGUUCUGGGUAAAAUGAAGAAAACACUUCAUAGGUACAACAAAUGUCAGGGUGCUUUAGAGACUCCUACCGUAGGAUACAAGGCAGAGGUAAUCUGAAAUUUGUACUUAUAACUGUAAAAUCUGAUCUUUUUGGCAUAUAAAAUUGCAGAAUGGUGAUUCUCAUCAUUUCUUUGUUGUUUCUUCUACGUUCUUUUUUAAUACAUUCCCUUGUCCUUUUUAAGUUCUCCUACCAUACGCUGCUUUGAGUUCAUCGAAUUUAAAAUGAUGAAGCAAAUAUCAGAAGGUUGUUUCCUGAUCAUUAUCACAAGAGAAAAGAAUCCGCAAGAGAAAUGCAUUCCAAUGACUUAGAGACCCAUUUGCAAUUGAUGUGAUCCUUUGCAUGAUGGUGUUAUCCAGAAACAGAGGAGUUAUCAAAAUGCAGGUGUAGAUGUUACUUUUUGGGUGAAGUUUUAAGGUGAUGGAUGGAUAUAUAGUUAUUCCUCGCAAAAAAUGUUGGGAGAACAUUGCAAAAUAGGCCCUUUUUUCUGUCUUGUAUCAUAACUGCCCUAGACUUGCUGUAUUGCAACUCUCUUUGCUGAUUAAAUCAGAGAGAUCAUACUCGAUGUACAAUUUGGUAGCCAAUAAACUUUGGUUUUUCAC